AUGAAGCCGACACUUCUUUUCGUACCAGGAGCAUGGCAUUCACCAGCACAUUACGAUCGAAUCAUCGAACUUCUUUCGGAAUAUCCAUGCGAAAUUGUCACCCUGGCGACAGUCGGACCCAUUGAUCCAGCCAACACAGAUGCCGACACCGACGUCGAGAUCAUAUCCAAAGCAAUCGAUCAAAUUCUUUCCCAAGGAAACGAUAUCGUCCUCAUUGCACAUUCGUACGGAGGAAUUCCAGCUCUAAGUGCGGCAUAUUCAUUCGUGGAUCGAAAACCAGGAAUCAAAGCCAUUGCACUCAUGGCAUCAUUUUUGUAUCCGCCACAAACAUCUUUGAUCAUGCCUCUGGGAAAUCAGCCGGCACCAUUUCACAAAAUUGAGGGUGACUUGGUACACGUUGGAGAUCCCGGACCGGAGGUAUUGUUCUACAAUGAUUUAUCAAGCGAAGAGGCAAGCCGAUGGACCAAGAUUUUGAAACCACAUUCAUGGCGUAGCAAAGAAAAACCACCAUCUUCUGAAGGGGUGGGUUGGUGGUUUAUUCCGACGAGUUAUUUGGUCUGUGAAAAUGACAACGCGAUUCCGGCACCAUUUCAACGUAAGAUGAUUUCGGAUGCGAAUGAAGCAUAUGUGGCGAGAGGAUCGAACUGGAAAAUCCGAGAAGAAGUGGUGGACAGUGGACAUAGUCCAUUUUUGAGUAUGCCAGACCAGGCCGCAGAUUUCAUCCGACGUACGACAGGAUGA